GCGAAUCGUCGGCUGGGAGCCGGUGAACCGAUCGCUGUCUGCGGGACAAAUUGAUCAAGUUCUCAUGGGUCACUGGGUGUGAACACGACCGACAAUUUCCCAUCGAUCUGGGCUGAGAGAUUUAUUGGAAGAAAAGCCCACAACUGGAAGAAAACCACAACUGAAGAUGAGGGAACAGCAACAAUGAACCAGCCCGAGGACUGAGAGCACCAACCGGAGAGAACUCUUCUGAAUCACAGUUUCCAUUGAUUCACUCAGGAGAAAGUUUGGGCAUCACCAGCAGGUGGGGCUGUCCUGCACCGGGACCAAAGUGUACACAAGACGACGACAAUCAACAGUCAGUCAGAAUCAGAAUGGCUACAGGUGGGUUUUGGUUAUGGAAAGUAUUCGGGAGGUUUUCACGAGGCCGCUCAUCGAGGGGAGAUGAUCGGGACACGGGAAACAAGGUACCAGAGCAGGGUCAGAUUGAGAGCAAUGUCCCAAUGGAAUGCGGUCCGGCCGCAGCGGAAGUGGAGCAAAUUCAGCCCAGAGACAGUGACGACAGAGACACUGAUCAGGACCCUGGAACCGGUACAAGUGAGGCGACUGUCUGUCAGCUCGGAAGUUCAUUAAAUACGGAUUUGUCAAGUCCCCAGCAAGGAACGGAUCCCAAACAUACAAUCUCAGAUGUCCUGGCACAGUUCGACGAUUAUCAACUGCUCUAUCUGACAAAUUUCUACAGGAAGGGACUGAAACCUGCAAUGGAAGAAGGAAUAGAAGGACUCAGCUUGAAGUUGAGACAGGAGCGACAUUUUAGUGAACUUGAACACGAGAAAGUCACUCAGCUCGUGGAGAGGGGAAACCGGACGGAGAGUUGUACACUCCUCCUCAGUCUGGUGAUGGAGAAAGGCACCCAGGCCCGGAGGCUAUUGUGGGAAUCCUUUGUGGAAAUGAGGAAGCAGUUACCGAAGUUGGAGAAGAUACUGAAGGAAAUCCAGGAACUCGGUCUUGAUCCAUUUGAAAUCACGAAUAUCACCGGAGGCUUUUCUGAGUUAUCCUCGCAACUGAAGGAUGUUCAACAGAAACACAAGGAGACUCUGCGGGCACAAACUGAAACACUGAGAGUGAACACGAUCCUGAUGAGGGAGAAGGUGAAGGUUUCCCAGCUGGUUGAUCGAUACGCUGAGCUCACGGUCAUUUCUACUGUUCGAGAUCGGAGACUGGUGGAACAUGAGCUGCUGGCAAGAGGCAGAACCCAUGAAAAAUUGAGAAAGAAACAUCUCCAUGUAGAGCUGGAAAAAAUCCGGACGGAUCAGCUGAUCCAAAGCAGCUUUUCCCACAGUAAUUCCAAAGCAGGGAGUUCAGCUGCAGUGGCCGGAGUCGCGGGGAUCGGCAAAACAACAAUGGUACAAAAGAUUGUUUAUGACUGGGCCACGGGGAAAAUAUACCAACAGUUCCAGUUUGUCUUCAGUUUCAAAUUCCGAGAGUUAAACACGAUCAAUUGUAUAAUAAACCUCUCGAACCUGGUGCUGUUUUUCUACCCUUACCUGAGGAAUGUUCUAGAAACACUGUGGAAGAACCCAGAAAGUUUGCUGUUUAUAUUCGAUGGAUUGGAUGAAUACAAGGACGGAAUCGAUUUUGCUGACAGUCGGAGAAACACAGAAUCUCAGUACGCUUGCACGGAUCCUGAAUUCCAGUGCAAGGUGUCUGACAUUGUGUACAGUUUAAUCCAGCACAAGCUUCUCCCAGGGUGUUCAGUGCUGGUGACCACCCGUCCCACUGUGUUACAUUUAUUGGAAAAGGCAGAGAUCAGUGUCUGGGCUGAAAUCCUGGGAUUUGUUGGUGAGGAACGGAAAGAAUAUUUCAUCAAGUAUUUUGAAGAUCAGACGGUGGCAGCAGCUGUUUUCAAACACGUGAAGGAGAACGAGAUCCUGUACACCAUGAGCUACAACCCCUCCUACUGCUGGAUCCUCGCUCUGGCACUGGGCCCCUUCUUCACACGAAGAGUCAGGGACCCGCAGCGAAUUCCCAAGACCAUUACCCAACUAUAUUCCUACUAUAUUUGCAACAUCCUGAAAAACCACGGCCGUGAGCUUGAGAGACCCCAUGAUGUGUUACUCAGGGUAGGUCAGAUGGCCUUCAGAGGAGUGUCCGAGCAGAAGACUGUAUUUACAAGUGAAGAUUUGAUCCACUACAAUCUGCAGCCUUCCCGAUUCCUGAUGGAGCUUUUGGAGAGAGAGGACACUUCCCGGUGUGUGGUGUACACAUUCCCACACCUCACAAUCCAAGAGUUUGUAGCUGCAAUUGCACAAUUCCUGACUCCACAUUCCGGGGAUAUCCUGAAAUUCCUCACCGAAGCCCACAACACGACAGAUGGGCGAUUUGAGGUAUUUCUCCGUUUUGUUGCUGGUCUCUCCAACCCAAUGACAGCUCGGGGCCUGGAGGAGUUUCUGGGUCCAUUUCCCCAUGAAACAACCUGCCGGGUGAUUGACUGGGUGAAGGAGGAGGUUAAACGCCAGAGUGGAAACACGAGGAGUGAAGCUGGUAAAAGGAGCCUCAUGAACACAUUGCACUACCUGUUUGAGUCUCAGAAUCGUGGAUUGGCUCAGGCCACACUGGGAUCUGUGGAAACACUUUCAUUCAUGGGAAUGACACUGACCCCGAUUGAUUGCGCGGUCCUGUCUCAUGUCUUCGGGCUGUGUGGUACAAUAAAACACCUCGACCUGUGGAACUGCCACAUUCAGUGUGAAGGAAUCCAGCGGCUGGGACCCGGGCUGCACAAGUGCCAGGAGUUGGGACUCGGGGAGAAUAAACUAGGAGAUUCAGGAGUGAAACUGGUGUCGGCGGCUCUGAGGAACCCAGAGUGUAAAAUACAGAAACUGUGGCUGGAGAAUGUCGGUCUCACAGAUUCUGGUGCCGAGGAUCUCGUCUCCGCUCUCAGUACAAACCGAUCACUGACGGAGCUGGAUGUGAACGGAAAUAAACUGCGAAAUUCAGUAGCGAAACUGGUGUCUGCGGCUCUGAGGAACCCGGAGUGUAAAAUACAGAAACUGGUGCUUAUUGACGUCGGUCUCGCAGAUUCUGGUGCCGAGCAUCUCGUCUCUGCUCUCAGUACAAACCGAUCACUGAUGGCGUUGGACCUGAAUAAAAAUAAACUGGGAGAUUCAGGAGUGAAACUGGUGUCUACGGCUCUGAGGAACCCAAAGUGUAAAAUACAGAAACUGGGGUUGAACUGUGUUGGUCUCACAGAUUCUGGUACCGACGAUCUCCUCUCCGCUCUCGUUGCAAACCAGACACUGACGGGGCUGGAUUUGGGAUUGAACUCGCUCACAGACCGAUCAAUCCCCGCUCUCCGCCGCCUCUUACUGACUCGUACGAGUCUGGAGUGGAUCUGGCUGGUGAGAAAUCAGUUCAGUGAGACCGGGAGGAAGAAACUGAGCUCUCUGCAGGAAUCUAGACCUGGACUGAGAGUGAUCCUGUGAACAUCUGAAUUUGUGAACAUCCCCGCCCAGGGGAUGGGGACAUUUGGCCAAUUCGCUGCCCUUCCGUUUAAUCGCCAUGCUCCGGGGUUGAUAGCCAACCAUUCCAACGGACUCCAGCUCCACUCCUUAUCACAGUCAUGAAAUUCCAACGGAACUGCUUCCACCGGAUUCCUGGGUCCGGAUUUCUUCCCAAAGAAGACCCUGGGAAGUCAGGAGGCGUCCGGGGGCGAAGCUCAGUAAAGGACAUCAGUCCCUAGAUUGAUUAUCUGGCGAGAAGGUCACUCUGCUGUGGAUGAUACACUCAGCAGUGCAGUCAGUAUAAUGAUAUUAAAUUGACAAAUACCUCAGCAGUGACCCUGGAUCUGCAGCAAUCUCGGACACGGGCCUGAAGUGUGAUUUUAUCAUCAUUGGUUCCCGAUGCAGAGUGACGGUGAGAAACGGGACUGAUUAUUCAACCGGUCACUCGAUGUCGCCGGUCAGUUAAUUGUGUGUGACUGUGAGUGAGUCGGGAACAGCUUAUUUAUUCCCGCAUGUUAGAAGUUUACACUGUUUAAUUUACUUCUGUCAUUAGAAUCAGUAUCAACUUUAAUAGAAUAUGUCUUGGAAUUAGUUAACAUUGUGGUAGGUCUAAAAUGCAAUACAUGACAACAAAUAAAAAUAUAUACAGUAUGUACAUAUACGUAUAUUGAAUAGUUAAAUUAAAUAAGUUCUGCAAAAAUAGAAAUUAAAA